CACACAUAAACACAGAGUGAGCAGCAGAACCGGAGCCGGCGACAGCACCAGCACCUGCACCUGCAGUGAAUCAUGCGCUGGUUUGAGGGUUCGAUUCCCAGGGCCAUCGCGGCCGCUAAACGCCUCAAAUGUGUGUUUGUGGUGGUGAUUACAGGUGAUGAUGAUCAGUCCAGUCAGUUGAUGUCCAGUUGGAGGUCUGAUAUUGUGUCUAAUGCGGCGCUCAACAGUUGUGUUGCGAUUCGAGUGGACGCACAGAGUGAAACGUGUGUGCAGUUUUCACAGAUCUAUCCGGUGUUGUGCAUCCCAUCCUGUUUCUUCAUCGGAGAGAACGGUAUUCCACUGGAAGUCAUCGCAGGAAGUGUCACGGCGGAGGAACUCGCACGCAGGUUCAACAGAGUCAAACAGACCAGUGCGUCAGACAGGUGUUGGGAGCCGUGUUGUCCCAGGUGGUGGAGGGGGAGGAGCUAUACAUCAGCUGCCUGGUGCUGUACAUCAGCCGGAAGCUUUCGGCGAGAGAGGCGAGAUGCACACACAGCAGAUUGAAGGUGCAGUGAUGGACACAGAGAGACUCACUCAAACCCCUGUGCUGACCUCUGACCCACAGGACACUCCGAGCACGACGGUCACGUCUGCCAACAGUGGCUCCACAGCAUCUAAAGAAUCCCUCUCUGUGCCGAUGGAGGAGGAUGGAGCGUCUGGUUAUGUGACUGCAGGUGUAAACGAUGAAAGCGUCUCUUCAGGUGACACGCCGCAGCCAGAGGAGCCUUUAGACGCCCGGGUGGAGAGGUUAACAAAGAAACUGGAGGAGAGACGUGAGCGGAUGAGGAAAGCAGAAGAGGAGAAUGAGCUGAAAAAGGAGCUGGAGAGACGUCAGCUGGGAAAGGAGAUGCUGGACUACAAGAGGAAACAAGAGGAGGAGAAAACCAAACGCCUGCUGGAAGAGAGAAACCGUGAGAAAGCUGAAGAGAAAGCGGCCAGAGAACGAGUCAAACAACAGAUCGCUCUGGACCGCGCUGACAGAGCGGCACGUUACGCUCAGACUCAUCAGGAAGCAAAAGUGGCGCAGUUAGCUGCAGGACACGCUCGAGCAGCCGAACAGGAAGCUAAGAGAGAGAGCGCACAGAGAGAGAGAAGUGCUGUUGCCAGGAUACAGUUUCGUCUUCCUGACGGCUCGUCCUUCACUAAUCAGUUUCCAUCAGAGACGCUGCUGCAGGAGGCCAGACGGUUUGCUGCUCAGGAAGUUGGAAACAGGUAUGGUCAUUUCUCUUUGGCCACUAUGUUUCCCAGGAGAGAGUUCAGCACUGAAGACCUGGAGAAAACUCUUCUGGAGCUGGAGCUCGCACCCAGUGCCUCCAUCGUACUGCUGCCGCAGCAGUCCAAUCGUCCCUCCAACAGUGUGGUGCACUCGUCCUCCAGCGGGGGAUUGUGGGCAAUUCUGGACUCUUUACUAUACCCACUGCUGGUCGUCUGGAGGUUCAUCAGCGGCUUCAUCUUCAGUACACCUCCUCCUGCAGCUGCAGCCGCUCGCAGCCACAACCAGCACACAGCUCACGCAUACAACGCCACAGCAGAAGCACAGAGAGAUGCAGUUCGUAAGAGGGUUCUCGAGAAAAGACCUGAAGACUUCAAAAAAGAUGGUAAAAUAUACCGACUGCGUACUCAAGAAGACAGUGAAGACGAUAACAACACCUGGAACGGCAACUCGACACAACAGAUGUAGUGACAUCACACAUACUGUAUCUCGCUCUGAAGCAGUGUGAUUGUGAGUUCAUUUAGGGCUGUAAUUUACAUUUUCUCCCCCCUCAUCCCCUUCUUUACCCCCUCACCCCGCAUGGGUAAAUUAAAUCAGGUUAGCUGAAUCCGUUGCCCUCUGUGUGCACACGACUCCAAUGAGGACGCAAGCUUGAGAAACACUAUGUUGAGGUAUGGAGCGCAGGCAAUGUGUUAGCUGCUGCGUGCAUCUGUUAUUUAUUUAAUACAAUAAUCAAGCUGUGAAGUCCAUUGGAAACGUCAGAGGGUUUUUGGUGUUAAUAUGCUGGUUCAGACCCCAUGACAUCAUAAACUGCCUCAGCAAUAGAAUUACUUUAUACUAGCCGAAACACAGAUGCUUCUUUACCAUUUAUCAAUAGAAUAAAAUAUGUUUUUCAAUCAAAAUUGUUUAAAGUGAUUUUUCUCUUUGGAUUUUGUUGUUGGUUUGUUAUUCAUAGUCUAUAACUGCCUUUACAAAUUGCUCAUGUUUUCAUUAAUGUUUGAAUGUAGAAUACAUCAAAUUUGUACUUGAAACAAUUAUUUCUGAAAAAUUACUUCUACUAUUAAAUAUUGUGCUCAAUUCUAUGUAUAAUAAUGUUUUUGUAAUCAUAAUAGUACUAUUAAAGGAUGAUUUCAAAUCAAA